AAGACGACAGUGUUAUGUCGGUGUGUCGCUGCAGCGCUGUGUCUACGAUGGUGCAGCUAGCUUUAUCCGAGUGGCCUGCCUGACUCUUUGUCUGGAAAAUGUUUAUUUUAUAGGACGGACACGAAAGGUGAAAAUUACCGGAUGAUAACCACAAGUAAAUAACUGGAAACAGGGACCCGUCAGUGCAAAGCAGGAGGACCCAUGGCAAAGUGGCUAAAGGACUAUCUAAACAUUGGCAGCAGGCGUGAUCCUCCCCAACCCCCAAGGCCAGAUUACACAGAAAGUGAGAUUUUAAGGGCCUACAGAGCUCAGAAGGAGCUGGACUUUGAGGAUCCAUACCAACACUCUGAUAAAGAGCACCAGAAUGGUGGUUUCAGCUCUUGUACUACAACCGUGAGCCUUCCCUCUUUCCCUGCAUUUGGUUCUGUGCUGCCCAGCGGUGUGGAGGUGAAAGUCGUGUCUCCCAAACACAGACUCAUUAAAGUGGACUCUCAGGAGUUUGGGCGCUGUCAAAUUCCUCUCAGUCCGGUCACUGUUCAAGAAGAACCUGUGGUUCCCUCUGCCCCAGCAGCAUCAGAUGCUGAAACGGACUAUUCUGAUCCUUUUGAUGCACGUCCAGACCCUGGAGCUGGAAGAAACUGGGAGCAGAAAUCGCCACCAACAGACUGCUGCAGCUACAUGGAGCCAUUUGAAGCCCAGCGGAUUAUUUCAGAACUGCAACACAACGGGAUGACCAGCAUGUCUGCAAGUGGAGACGGCAGCCAGUUGUACGAUAACCCGUACGAGGAGAAGAACCGUCACCGCCAUCAAUCUGCUCCUCCAUCACAGCAAGCGCAGAAAGUUGAUGGACUCGGCGUGACGGACGGCAAAGAGAGCAGGCUUCCUCAAGAUGACGAGAGGCCGGCCGACGAAUACGACCAGCCGUGGGAGUGGAAGAAAGACAACAUUUCCAAAGCUCUCGCAGUUCAGUUUGAAGGUGCAGAAAGGGAGCGCUCGCGAGCUCAGACGGAACAGACCAGGUUUACCAAGACGAGCUCGUCAUCCAUAGCUUCUGAUUCUACUACGCUUCGUCUCGUUGGUGACACGCCUCCUCUCCUGGGGGAGAGAGUGGAUCCAUUCCUGCCUCUGGAGAAGCAAGUAUGGUACCAUGGAGCCCUGAGCCGCUCGGAGGCAGAGUCACUUCUGACUCUGUGUAAGGAGAAUUCCUACCUGGUGAGGAACAGUCAGACCUGCCGCAACGACUACUCGCUCUCCCUCAGGAGCUGUAAAGGCUUCAUGCACAUGAAGUUCAGCCAGUCUGCAGACGGGCGUUACGUUCUUGGGGAGAACAGUCCUCCGUUCCUCACCAUCCCCGAGGUCAUCCACUACUACACUACACACAAGCUGCCAAUAAGAGGUGCCGAGCACAUGUCCCUGCUGUAUCCCGUCAUAGUGCAGACCCUCUGACGCAGACGCGCACUCAUGCCAUUUCUCCUGGUGCUACUGAAAACAUCAUUUACUCACGUCUCCCCACUUUUAUGUUGUUUUUCCUUCCUGCGCUGCUUUUAAACCGCGGGCGCCAUCUUUUGUUUUUGCCACAUCCCAGUACGUUCUGUUGCAACCGAACGGGAGCUCAGCGUCUCAACACGUGAUCUAAUGCCACUGAAAUCCCAGUAUCUUGAUGCCAUAUACUUCUAAUAAUCAGUAACUGUUGAGGUUGUUAGCUCAGCACGUUUAGGUCAAAUGAAAAACGGACUCCAGUUCUGAACAAACAGCAGAAUUUCUAGUUUGUUGCAUGCUGUGCGUUUCUGUCGUAGCCAAACGUGACAUGAACAACCAAGAAAUUCAAAUGAUUUUUUUUAAUCGCUUGUGCCAAUAUAUCUUUUUAUUCCCUUAUAAUUUUGUGAUUAUUAGCAGUAGAUGUAGCAGAGUUUAAAAGCAGUUCUAGCACUGUUAUUGCCCUUUAAAUAUUAGUGACAAUAUGAACCAAACACUACAUAAUCCAGGUAUUCUCUCUGUGUUUCAGACUUCUGUGAAUGUCUUAUGAUGUAUAGCCAUGUAGUGUUUUCAGUUUAUCACCUCCAGGUGUUAAUUACACAAAUGUGUCAAAGAAACAUGGCUGGUUAAAGUGAACUGACUCCUGUAGGAAGUUUGGAGAAUAAUUACAGUAUUAUACAGAGAGCUUGUGGCUUUUGUGAUUAUGGGUAUUAAAGAAGCUUUGAUAGCUUGUUCACUGUGCUAUUUUAUACAAAUUGAAAAUAUC